UGGAAAGUGCAGUGCGCUGUCGUCUCUGCGGGCCCCGGCUGCUGAGCUGGAAAACAAACACGGGAGAGGAGAAGAUCCAGCAGGAGAAGCUCUGCUCCCGGAGGCGGAUUAAAAAGUUUCAGCAUUCUGAUUUUUUUUUUUUUUUUUUUAAUUGAAAUUCGCUCGUGGAAACUGGAAAGUGGCGCGAUGACCGUGUUCCUGAGGAGUCUGAUCUGGAUUCUUUUCUUGUUUCCAAACCUGAGAUGUGACGCUGAUCCCGGCCCGUCAGCGGAUACAGAUGCUCUGGCUGAAGCUCAGAGUGGUGCUGCGCCUACAGCUGAAGGUUAUUUCCUGGAGUUCCAGGAGCCAGUCAACAACAUCACCCAUUUCCAGGGCCAGACGGCCACUUUGCACUGCAAGGUGGCAGGAAACCCGCGACCCACCAUCCGAUGGCUGAAGAAUGACGCCCCCGUGGUCCAGGAGCAGGGACGCAUAACCAUCCGCAGGACAGAGGCAGGAUCGAAGCUCCGCAUCCAGGACCUGGACACUACAGACACUGGCUAUUAUCAGUGUGUCGCCUCCAACUCGCUCAAGGUCAUCUCUGCCACAGGCGUCCUCUUUGUCAAACUAGGACAGAUACCCACACAUGGGCCUGACGAACCGACGCGUGAAAAAGGUUUCUGCCAGCCAUACAGAGGCAUUGCCUGUGCCCGCUUCAUCGGCAACCAGAGCAUCUAUGUUGAGUCCCUGCAGAUGCAAGGGGAGAGUGAAAACCGCAUCACAGCUGCUUUCACUAUGAUUGGCACCUCCACACACCUAUCGGACCAGUGCUCCAAGUUUGCCAUCCCAUCCUUUUGCUACUAUGUCUUCCCUCUGUGUGACGAGGGCUCUCGGGGCCCUCGGCGCCGCCAGCUCUGUCGAGACGAGUGCGAGGCCCUGGAGAAUGACCUGUGCCAGGCAGAAUACACCAUCGCCCGAUCCAAUCCCAUGAUCCUCAUGCAACUGAAGCUCCCCAGCUGCCACCUGUUGCCACGGCCAGGCACGUCUGACGCUGCUUCCUGUAUGAGGAUAGGAGUGCCACCAGAAAAACUAGGUCCAUAUUCCCCCUCAGACCACAUCUGCUAUAAUGGAAGUGGGGCUGACUACAGGGGCACAGUCAGCAUCACUAAAUCUGGUCACCACUGCCAGCCGUGGAGUUCCCAGUACCCUCACAGUCACCAUCUGUCCCAGGAAUACCCCGAGCUCUGGGGAAGUCACAACUUCUGUCGUAACCCAGGAGGCCAGAUGCAGGCACCCUGGUGCUUCACCUUAGACCCUCAGGUCAGGGUGGACCUGUGUGACAUCCAGCCCUGCAAGCCUCCGGAGAACCCCAGGAAUGAGAUCCUGUUCAUUCUAAUCCCUGCCAUUGCCAUCCCACUGGUCAUCGCUUGCCUCUUCUUUCUAGUUUGUAUGUGUCGCAAUAAGCAAAAGGCUUCGACUGACACACCGCCUCGCUGCCAGCUCAGCAGCUCACCCAGCCAGGACAUGGAGCUGUCUCUCCUCAAUCAGCAAAAACACCAGGCCAAGCUGCGGGAGAUUAAUAUGUCAGCAGUACGGUUCAUGGAGGAGCUGGGAGAAGAUCGUUUUGGCAAGGUUUACAAGGGCCACCUGUAUGGCACCACACCUGGUGAGCAGACCCAGGUGGUGGCCAUCAAGACAUUAAAAGACAAGGUUGAUUCCAGUCUCUGUGAGGAAUUUCGCCAUGAAGCCAUGCUACGCUUUCACAUACAACACCAAAAUUUAGCUUGUCUGCUGGGUGUGGUUACCAAAGAGCAGCCAAUGAGCAUGAUAUUCACCUACUCCAGCCUUGGUGACCUUCACGAGUAUCUGGUGAUGUGCUCCCCCAACUCAGACGUUGGCAGCUCAGAUGAUGACAAGACAGUUAAGUCCACACUGGAGCAGGCCGAUUUUCUUCAUGUUAUCACCCAGAUUGCUUCUGGUAUGGAGUACCUUUCUAGCCAGCAAAUAACCCAUAAAGACCUUGCUGCCCGAAACAUUCUAAUCUUUGACAAACUCAGCAUCAAGAUACUGGAUCUGGGCCUGUUCAGAGACGUCUAUUCUGCUGAUUACUACAAUCUCAUGGGCACAAGCCCUUUCCCCAUUCGUUGGAUGUCUCCAGAAGCAAUUAUGUACGGCAAGUUCUCUACCGACUCCGACAUCUGGUCUUACGGUGUGUUGCUGUGGGAGACUUUCAGUUAUGGUCUGCAGCCGUAUUGUGGCUACUCAAACCAGGACGUGAUCGAGAUGGUCCGUGGCCACCAGCUACUGCCUUGUCCAGAUGACUGCCCAGCCUGGAUAUACACCCUUAUGCUGGAGUGUUGGAGUGAAUUCCCAGCAAGAAGGCCUCGCUUCAAGGACAUCCACACACGUCUGCGCUCCUGGGAGAGUCUAUCUAACUAUAACAGCUCUGCUCAGACAUCUGGCACCAGCAACACGACCCAGACCAGCUCUCUCAGCACCAGCCCUGUUAGCAACAUCAGCAUGAGCACAGCAAAUGCAUCACGCUACACCAGCCCUAAAAAGAGCUCACCAUUCCAUCAGCCCCAGUUCAUGCCCAUGAAGGGUCAAAUGCAUCGGCCAAUGGUUCCCCCGCAGCUCUACAUUCCUGUCAAUGGAUAUCACCCCAUGUCAGCUUACCCAUACCUGCAGAACUUUUACCCCAUGCAGAUACCCAUGGCCAUGCCCCACCAGCAGAUGCACCACCCACCGCAAGUGGUUACCAAAGCUGGUUCUCAUCACAGUGGCAGUGGAUCCACAUCUACAGGCUAUGUUACCACUGCUCCCUCCAACACAUCAGCCACAGAGCGAGCAGCUUUACUAAAUGAGAACUCCAAGACCAAUGGUGAGGACUUGGCUGACGGGGCAUCCCAGGAAGGACUAGACCAAAACGAGGACUUGUCAGUGCCUGAAACAGAGUUGCUAGGUGACAAUGAGCCUCCACAGACUGAUGAAUUGGGGGUCCACCUGUCAGACACAUAAGCAUGGGGCUGUUUGAAGGACAGUGGAGCUAAAAUAUUCUGUGAGCCGUGCUUGCUUGCCAAAAACUCAGUGAGCAGCAUAAAGUGAAAGGAACAAUUUUGUGUUGAACAGACUGAAUGUUUUUUAUGAGUUUCUUAGAUAGUACUGGCACAUUUGAAUGUCGAGUGUGUCUCAUGUUUGUACCUCUUACUCACCUGUGUCAACAAUUAAGCAAAAGAAAUAGUUCAAUACUUAUUCUUUGGGAAGCCUUAGGGGUGGAGUUCACCCCCUCCCCAGCACCCACCCUCCCACCUCAACUGCCACACCUCUCUUUGCAGGCAGCCCUACCUGCCCGCCUGUUUCUGUAGUGGUGGUCAAGUGCUUUGCCGGCAUGCAACUUGUACAUCCUUUAAUGACAAUUUAAUGUUGUUUUUGAGGUUCUUAUUUUGUGGGUUGUGAAAGCUACAAUCACAGAACAAUAGAAUGUAUAAUGAAUGAAAAAUAUUGUAGUUUUGAAGGUAACUGUUAAUAAUUAAAUUCACUGAGAUGUAUUUUGGAACUUACCUCCAUCAAACAAAACAAAGAAUAAGAACAGAAUCUUGCUCAAUCUCUUUUUGGAGCCCAUUGACAAAGGUUUUGCAAGACUGAUACUUUUUAUAUGAACUUUGAUAGCCAAGUUGUACAGAUUUGUAAUUUAUGUACUUUGGUUUGAACAGUUUAUUUGUUUAUACUUUUUCUUUAUUGGUGAGGAUUGUUAAUACAGUGUCCUUUCCACCACCUUUGCUCUGUUUAAGCAUUUUGUGCUUAUUAUACAUUGUGUACAUCCAUCUGUGGAGUAUCCAAUAAAGGCAUAUG